AGACGCCUGUGUUUCUUCUUUCUUUCUCGCGACACCAUCGUGAGACGACGUUGAAACGACGAUAUUUCGCGAUGGCAUAGCUGCUGAGACUAUAUUACAAACAUCAUCUUCCGCUGAUUGCCUACUAUGGCGGUGUGCAGAUUCUACCAGCAGGGCUAUUGCAAGUUCGGCAACAGCUGUCGCUACGAGCACCCUAAUGCCGGUGGCAAUCGCAACCAGCCCGCGAACCGCUUCGGAACUUUGGGAGGAGCCAACACGGGUGGGAGUGACGGCGCGUUAUCAAAAUACAGCAUAACCCCCGAAGUUAUUGAGAAGGACUUGACGACCGAGGCGCCUCAAUGGAUUCUUUCUGCGUAUGCCCCGGGGCGAGACGCUCCAGAUCAGCUCUUUGGAGGGUAUCCUCGCGAACAGAGCUUCGAAGAGCUCAGACUUCAUUAUCUCAUGGGCAAAGCCUCAGGGAAUGAGCAACAGGCUCUUAAUGAAGCACAACAACUGUACCAAAAUGCAAAGCAGCAGAUGGAAGCCGCGGCGCGAAAUCCGACGGAGGCGGCACGAUUCGUCGUGGAAGCAGAGAACAGGCAUCCGAACAGACUGGAUAUAUGCAGAGAGGGAACCCAAGGCGCGCCGUUUGGGGAGUUUCAAGUCGGAAAAAGGUCUAAUACUGCGAACCCAUUCGGCGGCGGCACUGCUGCGAUGGCGCCCACGAUAAGUGGCUUUGGCCAACCCUCUGCUUUAGGACAGAAGCCCAACCCUUUUGGACAACCAUCACAACCUGUAUUCGGCCAACCAUCUCAACCUUCAUCAACAUUUGGACAGCCGACGCAGGCGGCUUCUCCCUUCUCUCAACCAUCACAACCGGCCUCGGCCUUUGGUCAACCGUCCGCGCUAGGAGCCAAGCCUAGUCCAUUCGGUGCUCCGGCUUUUGGUCAGACGCCCCAGCCAAACACACAACCUAGUCCAUUUGGACAACCGCAGACUCAAGGAAGUACAUUUGGCCAGGCAUCCCAGCUUGGACAGAAGCCGAGCCCAUUCGGCGCUGCGGCAGGCGCUAGCCCUAGUCCUUUUGGACAACCAUCAGCCCCUGCUGCCAAUCCAUUCGCAUCUCCAGCCCAAAAUGCUGGCAAUCCGUUUGCUCAACAACCUGCUCAGCAACCUGCUCAACAACCUGUUCACAAUAAUCCCUACCCUCCAGGCAGCUCAAAACAACACCCAGAUAUCGCAAGCUAUAGCUCAAAAACCAUGGAUGGGCGACUUGCCAUGUUCAAGGGGAAACCUGUAACUUACCAGGGUCAGUUACCCGGGAUCCGGGCAUUCGACGGCACAUGGACGCGGAUUUGGUUCCCCAACGGGCCUCCAGGUUACAACAAGGAUACGGAACUACCCAUUGAACAAUACAGCGACCAAUUGAAGAACCAGUGGGCUGCCUUUGCUCAGACGGGAGAGUUUGCUGAUGGGCUAAUGCCAGAGUUGCCACCGCCACGAGAAUGUACGCGGUGGGAUUUCUAA